AUAAUCCGUUAGCAUACCGAAGUCCGAAGCUUCAUUUUCAAAUCCGAUUGAAAUUUAUUCUGCCGUUGUAUUUAUCCGGGGCAUCAGAGAGAUGAGUAGCAGUAACAAUUCACUGACGUCGUCGCCGGCGAGGUCUUCCAUAUCUACGACGGCUAUUGUCGGUGCUAACGCCACUGCAGCGGCGUCUCUGGCUGUCGACGACUACCACUUCCCCGCCGAUCUUAUAUCAAUUCAAGAUCGAAAGGACGAGGCUCUUCAAGUUCUCAAAUCUGAUGUGAUGGCUGCACUCAAUAAAGUGGCUAAAUCCCUAGAUGAAGAUAGUUGGAUGUUUGAUGGGCCUCGGUCUCGUAUUCACCUUAUUUCAAGACCAGGUAGUUUUCUUCAGAAGCGGAUAGAUAUAGCAAAAGAGCAGACUUUGGCACCACCAAAAUGAUGGAAAAGAGCCUCAUAAGCAAGAUAAUUAUUUCCCUUUUUAUGGAAUCUAAUCUCUUUUAGUUCUGUUUUUGGUCUGCUUCUAUUAGUUUUGUAUUUUUACUGCUACCAAUCAAGCUUUGUGCAGAUUCCCAACUCUUUUGUGCUUUGUGAAUAUUAUUUAGGUGGCGUUUACAUGAAUUCUUUCCUUUCCCAACUCUAAAACUUGAGGAUUAUAUAGGACUAGAUAAACAUUGGAGUUUUGAGUUUGGGUUGAGUUUCUUGUGCGCACAAGUUUAAAGUGGUGUUGAUUCUCGAA